AGAAGCGAUCGUUUGAGUUUUGACUUUACCAGUGACGGAUUGUAGGUGCUAUAUGCUUAUUCUUAGGAAUAUUGUGUUUUAUUUCAAGUGCCUCUGUAUUUAAGAAUAAAAUAAAUGCUUUGGUAGAAUAAAGUUCCGUUUUUUCCAAAGCGUGCAUAUGUGAUUCAAAUCUUUAAAUCUGAGCAACAGUUUUUGUUAACUCCCCACAAUGUUGAGACGAGGAGGCAAGAGAAUCCGGAUGGAUGAGCCCCCACCGGAGUAUGAUGAGCCUCCAAUGACCCCAAUGACUCCAGCUGGAUCAGAAAUCCAAGAGCCCCACACUCCAUUUACUGCAUACACUCCCUAUGCUUCUGAUACUCCAUUGCACCACAGUGAAUAUCAAGCUGGUGCUUACGGACAACCAACUUAUGAACAUGAACAUCAACAAUUGCAACAGCAGCACUUACAGCACCAGAUUCAACACCAACAGCAGCUUCUGCAUCAUCAGCUUCCUCCUGAACAACACCAGCUCUCAUCUCCGUUAGCUGCACCAUCAGUGUACCCAGACUACCUGCAGCAGCAACAGCAGCUGCAAAUGAGGCAGCUAUCACCUUCUCAUGCCCUCCAUCAUCAGCCUCAGCCUGACCACCAUGUUCCCUUAUCUGGGCCUGCUGCUCCUGAAGAGCAGCACAGCCAACAUUUGCAUAUGGCGCCAUCUGCUGAGUAUGCUGCUCCGACUGCCAGUAGUGCCUAUGACUACCCUUCUCAAUAUGCCAUGGAUUUGGUCCAAAAGAAUUCAACAAAUUCUGAUCAGCAACAGUCACACGAGGCUCUAGAAGCAUCCGAGUCCUCCCAGCCCUCCAUGGUUGAGUCUGAGGACGCUGCUCCUGCUGCUGCUCCUCCACUGAUGGCUGAUGCUGUCCCCGAGCAGCAAGCUUCUGCUACUGACUCCGAGGCGCCGGCGAACACGAGCGGCGCCACCAUACCUGGGUCAGAGGGCGACAACGUGAGUGUGGGCGGCGACCCCGAAGACGAGGGCCGCGGGGCUGAUGGUGACGAUGAAGAUGAUGAUGACGACGAUGAUGAGGAUGAUGAUGACGAAGAUGAUGAUGACGUGCCUGGCGGACGUAAAGAAACACCGCCUCAGAAUUACGAGCCCAUCCCGCGCCUCACGAUCUCCAUCAGAGGCCAGAAAAAAGGACGCGGUCGCGGGAAAAUCGCUGCGAGCAUCAAGAAAAUAGGCGACGUUGUGGUUGGCAGCAGCAGCCCUCCGCACGCGCCCCCCGAGCCUGAACAGAAGCGGGGCCGCGGCCGCCCCAGCAAGAAAGCUCCUGCUGGUGGAGCUGCUGAAGGAGGUGCUGCAGGAGGCGCGUUCCGAGCUUCUGACGAGGACAGCAGCCUGUAUGCGGUUGUCAAGUCCGGCCGAGCUGCGCUCGCUCAAACCGUGGACGACUGGAUCGACCACUACAAGGAGAGCCGCGACGCCGCCCUGCUGCGCCUCAUGCAGUUCUUCAUCGACAGCGCUGGCUGCAAGGGCCGCAUCACCCCCACCAUGCAGGCCACCAUGGAGCAUGCAGAGAUCAUUCGACGCAUGACAGAAGAGUUUGAGGAAGAGAGCGGCGAAUAUCCCCUCAUCCAGACCGGCCAAAUGUGGAAGAAGUUCCGCAGCAACUUCUGUGAAUUUGUGCAAGUGCUGGUGAAACAAUGUCAGUAUUCCAUCAUCUACGACCAAUAUCUCAUGGACAACGUCAUCUCUCUGCUCACUGGUUUGUCCGACUCCCAAGUGCGAGCUUUCAGGCACACCGCAACCCUCGCAGCCAUGAAGCUGAUGACGGCACUGGUAGACGUGGCGCUAACUGUGUCAGUAAACCACGACAACACGCAGCGCCAGUACGAAUCUGAGCGCCAGAAGACAAGAGAGAAGAGGGCCAACGAUCGCCUCGAGAACCUCAUGACCAAACGGCAGGAGCUCGAGGAGAACACAGAUGAGAUCAAGAACAUGCUUACUUACAUGUUCAAGUCGGUGUUCGUCCAUCGUUAUAGGGACACUCUACCUGAAAUUCGAAGCAUUUGCAUGGCUGAAAUUGGUCUGUGGAUGAAGAAGUUUCAUCAAAACUUCUUGGACGACACCUACCUGAAAUACAUCGGCUGGACGCUGCAUGAUAAGGUCGGAGAUGUACGCCUGAAGUGCCUGCAGGCCCUGCAGCCGCUCUACGCCAGUGAGGAACUGAAAGGCAAACUCGAGCUCUUCACCAGCAAGUUCAAAGACAGGGUCGUCGCCAUGACGCUGGAUAAGGAUUACGAUGUUGCUGUGCAGGCGGUACGGCUGGUGAUCUCGAUCCUGAAGUACCACCGCGACAUCCUGACUGACAAGGACUGCGAGCACGUGUACGAGUUGGUGUACUCGUCGCACCGCGCCGUGGCGCAGGCCGCCGGCGAGUUCCUCAACGAGCGUCUCUUCAUCCCUGAGGACGAGGCUGGCGAGGUCACCAGGACCAAGCGUGGCAAGAAGAGGAGGCCCAACACGCCGCUCAUCAGGGACCUCGUCCAGUUCUUCAUCGAGUCCGAGCUGCACGCUCACGGAGCAUACCUCGUUGACUCGCUGAUCGACAGCAACCCGAUGAUGAAAGACUGGGAGUGUAUGACGGACCUGCUGCUGGAGGAACCAGGCCCUGAGGAGGAGCCUCUUGAUGACAGGCAAGAGACGUCGCUGAUCGAGCUCAUGGUUUGCUGCAUCAAACAAGCAGCCACUGGCGAGCCUCCCGUCGGCCGAGGUUCCAACAGGAAGAUGAACAUGAGUGCUAAGGAACUCAAGCAGGUGAACGACGACAGAGCGAGGCUCACGGAACACCUCAUUCCUACGCUUCCUUUGAUGCUCAACAAAUUCUUGGCUGACAAGGAAAAAGUUGCCAACUUAUUGCUCAUUCCUCAGUACUUCGACUUGGAGAUAUACACCACCAGCCGACAGGAGAAGAACUUAGAUCAGCUUCUGAAGUUGAUCCAAGAUGUCGGCGAGAAGCACAGCGACACGGAAGUCCUAGAGACAGCUGCCAAGACCCUGGAAGUUCUCUGUAACGAAGAUUAUGCAAUUUACUCGCGCUGUGACAUUUCCCGCUCUUCAUUACUGGACAUGCUCGCUAACACUUACAAGGAAGCCAACUCUGAAUACUUCUACCUCAUUGAAGGCCAGGAAACACCCGACGAUGACGAGAUCUUUGCCUUGAACUCUUCAGUGAAGAAGGUGUCAAUCUUUUACUCGUGUCACAACAUGGGUGUUUGUAAUCUCUGGGACUGCCUUGCCGUGAACAUUACCCGCGCCGUGGCCGGAGACAAAGCAUUGCCUGAAGAGGCCGCCAUGUAUUGCAUCUCGGCUUCUUUCUUCGCUAUCAUGUGGGAGCUGCACACGCUCGAGGACCAGGUCGAGAAGAAGGCGCUCAAUCAGGAGGCCGUUGCGUGCCUCCAGCAGCGCCUGAACUCCUUCAUUGACUCGGCCAAGCAGCUCCUUGCUGACUCGGACAGCAAAGUCCUCAAGGAAGAGUCGUACAUCGUAUUAUGCGAUCUUCUGAUCGUGUUCAGCAGUCAGCUGCACAACACAAGCCCCAGUCUCGCCUCCCUUGUGUACGAAUCUGACCGCAGCAUCCAGCAUCUGCUCAAUGACUUCAUUCAGUCCUAUGUCUUCAUAGAUGAUGAUGUUGCUGACCCUCAGCAAAGCGAUCAUGCUAAGAUCGAAGAGCUCCACAAACGUCGUAAUUUCUUAGCUACCUUCUGCAAACUCGUCGUCUACAACGUUCUACCCACUAAAGUUGCCGCUGAUGUCUUCAAACAUUACGUCAGGUACUAUGAUGACUACGGCGACAUCAUCAAGGCGACUUUGGGCAAAACGCGUGAAAUAAACAAAGUAAACUGCGCCCGCACGAUGGCUCUAGCCCUCACCAUUAUCUACAAGGAACUCAGCAAAGAUUCGCCCAAAAUAAACAAGCAAAGCACAGAUUUCGUCAGCUUAAAGGAGUUGGCCAAGCGCUUCGCGUUAUCGUUCGGCUUGGAUGCCGUGAAGAACAGGGAAGCCAUCACCGCCCUGCACAGAGAAGGGAUCCUCUUCGCUGUCCAUCCCGCCGACUCUCCCUCCGAUCCUGCCGCUCCUCCUCCUAAUUUGCCCUUCCUUGAGAUCCUCGCAGAGUUCACGAACAAGCUUCUCAAGCAAGACAAGAAAGUUGUACAAGCGUACUUAGAGCGUCGUAUCAGCGGAGGAAUGCCUAGCAGCCGCAGCGAGGACUGGCAGCCGCUGGUGGUGUACCGCACGUCGCUCCUGCACGGCGAGGGCGACCAGCCCCACCAGCAGCCCAGACGCGCCUACCACAGGAAGAAGAAAGCUGGAGCUGAUGACGACGACGAUGAUGAUGACGAUAUGGAGACAUUCCACCACGUGGAAGAGGCGGUCCGCGAGACGGGAAGGCCACGUCGCAAGAGACGUCUGGAGCAGACCAUCCCUGACAUCAUCGGCCGCAUGAUCAGGCACAAGUGGAACAUCGACGGCCAGAGCGUGCACUGUACCGGCACCGUGUUGGGCAUGUCUGCUCCCGGUACUGUGCCCGAGGAGAGUGAAGACGGCAUGGAAGUGUCCGGCACUUGUUACGACGUGCAGUACGACGAUGAGGACUUCGUCAGGCAUCUGAUCCUUGAAGGGGACUGGCAGCGAGGAGACGUGCAGGUUCUGGGCAGGCGUAGUCCUCCCGAGGAGGAGUAAAGCAACUGCCGCAGGACAUUUGUCAUGUUUGCGUUGAAUGAAUAGCUGCUUUGGAUGUCUGGUUUUCUUCUGAAACUAUUCCAUUAUUUUGAUAUUGUCUAUUUCGUUUCUCAGGUAUUGUUUAGAAAGUGGAGUAGUUUCUUCGAUUACGUAAUUGAGGCUUUACGUUGCUGUUAAUCACUUGUAUUCAUAUUAAAACGUUGCAAAUAAGACUCAGCUGUAAUUAUCAAUAGUUAGAUUAAUUUCACAACUAACAGACGGGAAAAUGUCCAGCGUUUUAUUUCACUUCUCCGCCGUAAGCGAAAGGAUCAAAUUGUAGUCCUUGAUGAAUCGUAUGAAUCGAUUGCGUUGGAAGUAUUACUUAGUUACUCAUCUUCAUUUUUGUUCAAUGUGUUAGACAUUUGUGACGUUUUCUAUCAAGUAUUUUGCUAGCUUUUGAUGUUCAGCAAACUUGAGUGCAGGAAAGCUUAAUUUUAGUUCAAGUUUCGUGACAGUUGGACCAGACUUGUUUCAGCUCGUAGUCUUAUUGACGUAAGUUUAUUAAGGCAUUUUCUGUCUCGUAGUUUCUGUUCAACUUGUUCCUAAGGAAAUCUAGAUUAUUGUCUGCAAAAUUUCUGCAGUUUUCCGUUCUGGCGUUCUGGUGUAUUGACAAAUCUUUGACUUUUAGCAGACUCGAGUUGUUCCUGCUUCAUGCAUGACUUUAACAUGAUUUCACGUCGCUGAAAAAAAUGUUCCUAUUUUUUUUUUAUUUCUAUCGAUAACAACAUUUUGACGUACGUGUUCCUGUACCAUAAAACGGGGUGAUUCGAACCAGUUUUAGCGCUAUAAUUUUUCUGAUACAAAUAGUCACAUAGUAAAUAUAUAAAAUGUAUCUCUUUAUUGCAUUUGUAGGUUAUCUUAUUGUACUUCAAGAGCCAUCAACACAAUUCAAGAACUUUUUGAGUUCGGGGUUUUCUUUUCUUAAAUGUAGAAACGGUCACACCUCCUUUACGGUAUUUAUUAUUGAAUCGUUGCUUAAAAAAAAUCAUUAUAAAAUUUUCUGUUUAAACGAGGAAUGUUUCUUUUUGAACAUCUAAUAGCGUGAGAUGUUCAGCUCUGAGCUAUUUUCUGAUUCAUUUACAGGUUGUUCUAGUAUAGUCGUAGCUUUCAACUCAUCACAUUUGUACCUGUUGUUUUCGUUUAAAAUACAGCGUUUCUUAGCUAUAAGUGAGCUCCAAUAUCCUUACAUUCUUUCAAAAACUUGUUAUUAAAUAUUAAUAUCUGGUUCACGGCAUAAACAUAUUCGUACGAAUCGGGAAAAUGUGACCAGCAGGGAAAAGUUGAUGAUCUAUCCUGGUAAUGAAAAAAUCUUAUCAUUCUAUAUUUCUUAAUAUCUUUAUUGCAGCUCAUUCUUCAGAAGUGUUGCAAUUCAUCUUGCCUAGAAGGAUGAACAUGUAGCCUGCUUUCACUUCAAUCUUUAGUCUAUUGAGGAAACUCGACUUACCAGCCCCAACCAUAUGAAUAAUGUUGAAACGGUUGA